GGAAGAGUUUCAGUCUCUAAGGGAGCCGGGCGGAAACAGGAAGUGAACAACCGGUUCCGCCUCCGGUCUUUCUCGCCUAUCUGGAAGAAACAUGGCGUCGUUUGAGCAGAUGAGAGCAAAUGUGGGGAAAUUACUGCGGGGCAUCGACAGGUACAAUCCAGAAAAUUUGUCCACGUUAGAACGUUAUGUGGAGACUCAGGCUAAGGAGAAUGCCUAUGACUUGGAAGCAAAUCUGGCUGUACUAAAACUCUAUCAGUUCAAUCCAGCUUUCUUCCAGACCACAGUCACCGCUCAGAUCCUACUCAAAGCGCUGACCAACCUUCCCCAUACAGACUUCACUCUGUGCAAAUGUAUGAUCGACCAGACUCACCAAGAAGAACGUCCAAUCAGACAGAUCCUGUACUUGGGGGAUCUUCUAGAGACCUGUCACUUCCAGGCUUUUUGGCAAGCGUUGGACGAAAAUCUCGAUCUUCUUGACGGUAUAGCAGGGUUUGAGGAUUCCGUUAGAAAAUUUAUCUGCCAUGUUGUAGGGAUCACCUACCAACACAUUGACCGGUGGCUUUUGGCUGAGAUGCUCGGAGACUUAUCAGAACCCCAACUCAGAGUCUGGAUGAGCAAAUAUGGCUGGACAGAAGCAGAAAACGGCAAGAUCUUCAUCUGCAACCAGGAAGAGAACAUCAAACCCAAAAAUAUUGUGGAGAAGAUUGAUUUUGACAGUGUCUCUGGAAUCAUGGCAUCUUCUCAAUGACAUUCUUAAGGAAGAGAAUAAACUUUAUUUUAUGUACAGACCAAAUGUUACAACUGGUGAAUAAAUGCGAUGAACUAAU